AUGUCCGUCUUCCAGGCGACCGCCUCUGCCCCCGUCAACAUCGCCGUCAUCAAGUACUGGGGCAAGCGCGACACCAAGCUCAUCCUCCCCACCAACUCUUCUCUGUCCGUCACCCUCGACCAGGACCACCUGCGCGCAACAACCACCUCGCGCGCCGACCCCUCCUUCAAGAAGGACAGGCUCUGGCUGAACGGUGAAGAAGAGGAGAUCAAGGAUGGCGGCCGUCUCGCGACCUGCAUCAAGGAAAUGAAGGCGCUGCGGGAAGAGCAGGAGGACAAGGACGCGUCUCUGCCCAAGAUUUCUCCUUUCCCCGUCCACAUAUGCUCCCGCAACAACUUCCCCACCGCCGCCGGCCUCGCGUCCUCCGCUGCCGGUUUCGCCGCGCUAGUCGCCUCCCUUGCCGCGCUCUACAAGCUCCCCACCGACGCAUCCCACCUUUCCCUCGUCGCGCGGCAGGGCUCCGGCUCUGCUUGUCGCUCCCUCUUCGGCGGCUACGUCGCCUGGCAAGUGGGCGAGCGCGCCGAUGGGCUCGACUCGCACGCGGUCGAGAUCGCGCCGCGCGAGCAUUGGCCCGACAUGCACGCGCUCAUCUGCGUCGUUUCGGACCACAAGAAGGGCACGUCCUCCACUGCGGGCAUGCAGCGCACCGUCGAGACCUCCACGCUCCUCCAGCACCGCAUCAAGCACAUCGUGCCCGCGCGCAUGGCCGCGAUCUCGGACGCGAUCCGCGCGCGCGACUUCGACGCCUUCGCGCGCAUCACGAUGCAGGACUCGAAUCAGUUCCACGCUGUCGCGCUCGACACGGACCCGCCGAUCUUCUACAUGAACGACGUCUCGCGUGCGAUCAUCGCGCUCGUCGUCGAGUACAACCGCAUCGCGGUCGAGAACGGCGGCAAGCUCAAGGCGGCGUACACCUACGACGCCGGCCCGAACGCGGUCAUCUACGCGCCCAAGGAGAACCUGAAGGAGAUCGUCGAGCUCAUCGUCAAGUACUUCCCCCAAGCGGACGCGUUCAAGGACCCCUUCGGCCUCUUUGGCGUGGCUGGUGUCCAAGGCAAGCUUGUACCUGGGUUCAACGAGGCUGUUGCGAAGCCCUUCCCCGUCGGUGCGGUGAAGGGUCUCAUUCAUACCCGUGUCGGUGAUGGUCCGAGGACCUUGGAUGCAUCAGAGUCGUUGUUGGGUUCGGAUGGUCUUCCGCUGAAGGCCUAA